AAUUUGAGAAACAGACAUCGCUAAAUCGGUAAUAAAUCAAAAGCUGAGAGAUGUCGACCGCCGUCUCGUCCCGCCGACUGGCGACUAUCGGCGUGAUCGGAGCCCUCACGCUUCAGUUCGUCGCGUCAGCGACGGCGGGGCCGAUAGCCCUGCCUGGCUGCCCGGAGAACUGCGGCGGCGUACAAGUGCCGUACCCGUUCGGGAUCGGCCGUGGCUGCUUCCACGAAGGCUUCAACCUCACCUGCGACGAGGCGCAGCACCCGGCGAAGCUGCUGCUGGGGGACGGCGUCGAGGUGCUCGACAUCUCCUUGCCGGACUGCACGGUACGCAUCCAGACAAAAAUCUCGUGGGUAGAGUAUGCCGCCGAGUUCAACGGCUCAUGGUCCGUUCCGGCGCCGGACGGGCCCUUGAUGGUGUCGACCGCGCGCAACUCCUUUGUGGCCUUCGGGUGCAACGUGCUGGCGAAGCUCAUCCCCUACGGCACCGUGCUUAGCUACGCCAGCGCCUGCGCCGCCGCCUGCGUGAAUACGCCCGAUGUCUCCUCCUGCUCCGGCGUUGGCUGCUGCCAGACGUCCAUCGCAUCUCUCGGCUCAGACCUGCCUUGGUACGGUAUCCAGGUUAAACAUCUAGAAGGGGAAACGGGUAACUACUACCAUAGAGCAGUUUUCAUAGUUGACCAGGACUGGUUCAGCAGAGUUGAGGCCGCGAUGGCGAGCAACUUCAGCGCUCUAUUUUUUGGAAAUAGAUUUCAUGAGAAGGUAGUGAUGGUGGAUAGCGUUCCAGUGGUGCUAGAGUGGUCGUUGGAUCUAAUACGCGACGCAGGCUUGUUUGUGUUGUCCCCUAUAGGACCCCAAUCGUCAGACUUCAGAUGCCUAAGCUCAAACAGUUUCUCCUAUACUAUUAUUGGAAACUACGAUCGAAGACGGUGCAACUGUUCUCACGGAUACGAGGGCAAUCCCUAUAUUGCUGAUGGAUGUCAAGAUAUUGACGAGUGCCAGCUGCCAGAUAUUUACCCAUGUCAUGGAACCUGCAUCAAUGUGCCUGGGACAUACAGAUGCUCAUCAAAGAAAGGCAUCAAGAGCCUUCCAGGCUUAAUUGCUAUAAUAGCACUAAGUGCUGGUUUUGGCCUACUAUUUUCAAUUCUUGGUGUUUCCAACAUCAUCAAUAAACUCAAGCAAAGAAGGGCAAAACUUCUAAGACAAAAGUUUUUCAAGAGAAACCAUGGUUUGCUUCUACAACAGUUAAUAUCUUCAAAUAAAGAUAUAGCUGAAAGGAUGAAGAUUUUUAGCUUUGAAGAACUAGAGCAAGCAACCAACAUGUUUGACCAGAAUCGCAUCAUUGGUGAUGGAGGUCAUGGAACAGUCUACAAAGGUAUCUUAUCUGAUCAACGUGUUGUUGCCAUCAAGAAGUCCAGAGUAGUGGUCCAAAGGGAAAUUGACCAGUUCAUAAAUGAGGUUGUUAUACUUUCACAGACUAACCAUAGAAAUGUGGUAACACUCUUUGGUUGUUGUCUUGAGACUGAGGUUCCUUUACUAGUUUACGAGUUCAUAUCGAAUAGGACCCUAUCCUACCAUCUUCAUGGACAAUAUGAAAAUCCUCUGUCAUGGAAUGAUAGACUAAGGAUUGCACUGGAAACUGCAAGGGCAAUCGCAUAUCUACACUCUGCAGCUUCCAUAUCAGUGUUCCAUAGAGAUAUCAAAUCUGCAAAUAUACUGCUCACCGAUACGUUAACAGCAAAAGUGUCAGAUUUUGGAGCUUCAAGGUCAAUUUCAAUAGAUGAAACUGGAAUACAUACCGCCAUCCAAGGAACCCAUGGUUACCUUGAUCCUGAAUAUUAUUACACUAGUCGACUCACCGAGAAGAGUGAUGUUUAUAGCUUUGGUGUAAUCUUAGCAGAGCUACUAACAAGGAUUAAACCGGUAUUCUCUACUCAUUCAUCAGAGGGCAAAAGCCUAGCAUCACACUUCGUGUCUGUGAUAAAAGACUGUAGUUUGUUGGAUAUUCUAGAUCCACAAAUUGUUGAAGAGGGAAGGGCUAAAGAUGCCGAGGCUGUUGCAAGGCUUGCGGAAGUAUGCUUAAGCUUGAAAGGUGAAGAAAGGCCUACAAUGAGGCAAGUUGAGAUAACACUUGAAGAUGUGCUAGGUCCAAAUGUCCAUUCGAGCUGUCGAGUUUCAAGGACAAGUCAAGGUGCUCUUAAAGACCAGACACAGAACCAAAACAAAGGCAAUGAAGGAACUAGACUAUACAGUUUGGAGAAAGAGUUCAUACAGUCAUCUGAAAUUCCAAGAUGAUAUUUUGCUUUUGUGGGUUCAUAUCUUGUUUAGUAAUUUUGAGUGCCAUUUUGCACGCUUGGCGUCAAUUAUAAACCUAGAGAUAUAGCCUUGUGCACCUCCACAAUAUUAUGGUUGAUGUAGAACUAAUAAGCUAUACCAGUAAAUAAUUGAACUUUUGGUUAUAGUCUGCUUAGGUGGUGUAUGGUGUUCAUUUUGUUAUGUAUCCAGUAUCUUGUCUUGUGGAUGUGCAAAUGUCACACGCAAAGGGAGACAGAAGGACCCGCGUCAUAUUUUAUCCACCUUGAUUUGCACUGUUAUGCU